CGGUGCCGGAAGCCCAUUGCCGCCGCCGCCGCCGCCGCCGCAGCAAUGUCGUCGUCGGAGGCGGAGGCGCUGGGCGCCCAGGCGGCCGGGAACGGCAACGGCACGCUGCUGCUGGACGGCGCCGAGGAGGACCCGGCCGCCGCCUUCCUGGCGCAGCAGGAGAACGAGAUCGCGGGCAUCGAGAGCGACGAGGGCUACGGCAUCCUGGAGAGCGGCGAGGUGCCGCCCGCGCUGCAGGCCGCCGACGGGUUCGCAGCCGGUGCAGUUGAUGGAGUGAUUAAUGGAGAUGUCUAUCAGGAGAGUAACGGUCCAACAGACUGCUAUGCUGCCAUAUCACAAGUAGAUCGACUGCAGUCAGAGCCAGAGAGCAUUCGUAAGUGGAGAGAGGAGCAAAAGGAGCGCCUGGAGCAGCUUGAUGCUAACUCACGAAAGCAGGAAGCAGAAUGGAAAGAGAAAGCAAUAAAGGAGUUGGAGGAGUGGUAUGCCAGGCAAGAUGAAAAGCUCCAGAAAACAAAAGCCAGCAACAGGGUGGCAGAUGAAGCUUUCUACAAACAACCCUUCGCUGAUGUGAUUGGUUAUGUCACAAACAUAAAUCAUCCUUGCUACAGCCUAGAACAGGCAGCUGAAGAAGCCUUUGUGAACGAUGCAGAAGAUGUAUUUCCGGGCACUGAGUGGGAACGCGUGGCUCAGCUCUGUGACUUUAAUCCCAAGUCUAGUAAGCAGGCUAAAGACGUGUCCCGCAUGCGUUCAGUCCUCAUCUCACUCAAGCAGGCUCCGCUGGUUCGCUGAAGGAAAGCACAAUGGAAACACUACAAAUGCAAUAUCUUAACCUUACUCAGAGAAGCUGUGUUUGCAGUAAUUGGGUUAAUUGUUUCAAUGUUUUUUUUGGACCAAACCUCAUGAUGUAUCUAGAGCUGAUCUUUGUUUGAUUGCAUGUUCUUCCUCAUGUUUCUUUUGUGUCUGGGAGGACCUCCAGAACUGUAGCCUCUGUGCUGUUUGCACUGAGAUGUCACUUCCAAAAGUACUGAUAUUAAAGAUCUGUUAAACUGCAAAA